AUGGCAACAACUCAAAAUACCGCCGCCUGGCUUCUGGGCGUUGGGAAGUCGUUAGAAAUUCGUCCAGCAGAGACCCCUGACCCCGAGGAGGGCGAGCUCUUGGUCGAGGUGAAGGCAGUUGCUGUCCAGCCAGCAGAAUACAAGAUCCAGGAAGGCUUGCUCCCGUUUCCGCUCAAAUACCCUACCAUCAUCGGUCUAUCCUUUUCAGGUAUAAUCGUCAAAGUUGGUUCCGCCGUAACCAGAUUCCAAGUCGGCGACCGCGUUGUCACAAACAGCGGGGGAACAAUCCGGAACGACUCGAGAUUCGGGGCUUAUCAAAGGUACGCUUUGACGACACAAGAGCUCACAGCCAAGAUCGGGGAUCAGCCUUUCGAGAUUGCCGCUUCUGUUUCCAAUUUUUAUGGUGCCGCCAGCGCCGUAUUUCUCCAUCUUGGGCUCGACAGGCCAUCUGCGGAAGCCAAGCCUCAACGCAAGGCCGAGAAAGUCCUCAUCUGGGGCGCCUCGUCGUCUUUUGGAAUCUAUGCAACGCAGCUGGCUGCCGAAGCCGGCUACACCAUUGUGGGAGUCGCAUCCGCGCACAACUCAACAAUGGUCCAAUCGUUUGGCGCGACGCAUUUCGUCGACCGACACUCACCAGCGGUUUCUCAGGAACUAGUUGCUCUGGGACCCUUCAAGGCAGUUCUUGCGGCUGCUGACUCGGCGCCCGACCAGCUGGUGCUUGGAGCGGUCUUGGCUGCUCAAGGCGGGGGUUCGUUUUUAUCGACCAUGGGCUUGAGACAAGGCGUAACACUUCCGCUAGGAGUGUCUGGGCAGUUUGCGCAGUUCAUAGAUGACUACUUGGACUCCAAGAACGAGGAAUUCACCAAAUGGGUGUGGUGGGAGUACCUGGAGAAUGCACUGCAGUCUAGAAAGCUACAGUUCCUCCCCGUGCGAGUUCUUGGGGGUCUAUCUCACGUUCAGGCGGCUUGGGACCUGCUCAAGCAGGGGAGUGUCAGUGGCCAGAGACUAGUGAUAACUCCUGAUUUAGAAUAG